AUGGAUGGAAUUCUGGUUGACAUGACAGAGGGUUACAAAACUUUACAUGCCUCGAUUAAAAUUGCUGUAAUCUCUUAUUCUGCAGCCAUAGCUCGUAAUGCUAGGGCGGCCUUGUCAGACAUAGCAACAACUGCCACAGAUUUAGUGACAGUGGCAGCAAAUUCCAUGGCUCAAUAUGAUGCUUUUAAACAGUCUUUAGAUCAUAUAUCAAGAUCUUGGAAUAAUACAGCUAACAGUAUGACAAACUAUAUGAGUGAGGUUGACAAGAAACUACUUGUCUUAAAUCAUCUCUCUUCCUCUCUUAAAUCAACUAGAGGACCUCCAUCAACAGACUCUCGAUAUUCUCCAGACCCAAUAGUUGGUGCUAGUCUUGUUCUUGUAUCAGGAUCAAAAUAUAAAUCUACACUGGGGACUCUGAAUUUUGCUUCUGAUGAGAGUAUCGGUUUUGUAGGUUCUAACAAUGAGGGGCAAUUACUUGGAGAACUCAUAAAAGCAUCUGGAGUUGGUCUCCGACCUCACAAAGGAGUCUUUUCUUGCGGCCUUUAA